GGGGUGUCCCGUCGGCAGGCACACAGACAGCAGGCAGCAGCUGCAGCGAGAGGAGCCGGGUGCCGUUACUCUGCAUUAAAACAUUCAUAUUACGAUUUUUAGCUCCGAAACACACAGGCCGGCAACACACACAGCUAAAAUGGUAGACCGCGAGCAACUGGUGCAGAAAGCCAGGCUGGCCGAGCAGGCAGAGAGGUAUGAUGAUAUGGCAGCUGCCAUGAAAUCGGUCACAGAGCUGAACGAAGCACUGUCCAAUGAGGAGAGGAACCUGCUCUCUGUGGCCUAUAAGAAUGUGGUUGGGGCGAGGCGUUCAUCCUGGCGCGUCAUCUCCAGCAUUGAGCAGAAGACGUCGGCCGACGGUAACGAGAAGAAGAUCGAGAUGGUGCGGGCCUACCGGGAAAAGAUCGAGAAAGAGCUGGAGGCCGUCUGCCAGGACGUGCUCAACCUCCUCGACAACUUCCUGAUCAAGAACUGCAACGAAACGCAGCACGAGAGCAAGGUGUUCUACCUUAAGAUGAAGGGCGACUACUAUCGCUACCUGGCCGAGGUGGCCACGGGGGAGAAGAGAGCCUCGGUGGUGGAGUCCUCUGAGAAGUCCUACAGCGAGGCCCACGAGAUCAGCAAGGAGCACAUGCAGCCCACCCAUCCCAUCCGCCUGGGCCUGGCUCUCAAUUACUCCGUCUUCUACUACGAGAUUCAGAACGCCCCGGAGCAGGCGUGCCACCUGGCCAAGACCGCCUUCGACGACGCCAUCGCCGAGCUGGACACCCUCAACGAGGACUCCUACAAAGACUCCACUCUCAUCAUGCAGCUGCUACGAGACAACUUGACGCUGUGGACGAGCGACCAGCAGGACGACGAGGGAGGCGAGGGCAACAAUUAAAGAGUCCAAAACUUCAUUCUGCCAAAACAACACAAGCGCGCUCACAAAUGAUGACAAAAUAAUAAUAAUACUUAAAGUUCUUAGAAAUAAAUUUAAAAAAAGGGAGGGGGGGGGGGGGGUUGGUUGAACAUCGGCGGCCAAUUUAGCCAAUGGUACUAACGCGGCUGCUGUUCUUUAUUUUUCAACAAAUUAAAAGUGAAAAAAAAAAAAAGUAGGAGGAGGGAAGACAAUUUUAGUUUGAGAAAUAAUCUACGAUAAAGAAUAAAAAAUAAAAAAAUGAAACCCCCUCCUUGGUAGCCUCUGCAGCAUUUGCCAAAAUACCACUUUAGAAGCAAGAGGUACGUCAUUCAUCACAGUGUGACUAUUGGGUAACGAUACCUUCACACUGGCAGAGACUGGUCUUAUCGCGCAAAUGAAGCUGAGCUGUCUUAUUGUAUUUGGUGAGGGGAGGAGCGUUUAGAAAAUGAGCAGCAAGAAAAUUGAGUAACCUUGAAUGUCACGGCCUUGCUCAGUGAGAGAGGAAGACAGAGAGGGAGUGAGAUGGUGGGUGAGAGAGCAGACAGGUUACAGAGAUGAAGACGUCGGACUUCAUCGCGUAACGUCAAACGUAGCGGCAUCUUUCGUUGCAGCACACUUUGAUCGUUGAGUGAAAAGCAGGUUGUCUCUGUUAUUGAAGAUAACAUAAAAAGAUGUUUUCUGUUUGCUUUGUGUCAGGUAUGUGUCCCGCUCAGUCAAACAGUCAUACUGUAACUAAAAAUACCAAUUCAUAAAGUAAACGUAGUGCAGCUUGUCCCUCUCAUGUGCUGAUGUGCUUUAUUAAAUAAAUUAACUCUGUUUUUGGACACCUAAUUCUUAUCGUCAGUAUUGUCGUUACUAUAACAACCCCUAUUGGCUCCUUAUGUUUGUAGGAAACGAUUUGAAUCACAGAAAUCCAGAUAGCGAAAUCAUUUGAAUGCAAAAUUUAAAAAACAUUUUGUGAUUGAACAUCCACCCAUAUUCUCCAAUUAUGCUAUCUUCAUAACAAUCAGUGGGAUCUCUGAAACGGCACCUGGAACCACAGACUCGAUUAGUGAACUAGGUAUCAUUUGCGGACAGAGCACAUGCAAUGUUAAGUGGAAUCUCUAAAAGCAGAUGUGAGGUUUGUGGAUUUACUUUGUCUUCAGUUUCUUCUUGGUCAAGAAAUGCACUUGCCUAUUAUACUGUUUCUUCAGUGUAAGAUGAUAACUGCUCCAAUAUUCUCCAUAAUACAAUAUUGUGCAUGCUGGUGAUGUAUUUAUACAGUAGCUUCAAUUUAUUAACUUAUACUGUAGAUGUUAUGUAUUCAUAUGAACAUGGAAUUACUAGACCUUAAUCGGAUUAUUUUCUAUUUAUUUCUUUUUAUUGCGAUUGUUAGCGAGCCCUUAUUUUAAUCUGUGUUUUCUUUACUCCAUUUGCUGAAGUACGCUAUACCAAAACAGUGAUUGUUAACAAUAAAUUGAUCUGUUACGGACAUCGCCAUGGUGACAUGCAAUUCUUGGUAAGGGUGAAAAAAAGGGAAGAAAACGUAUUGGCAUGUGACAGUGGUAGGGAGUGUCUUAACAGUGGAUGUGAUGGGCAUUCACAGCUUUACAGUUUCAUGUGUUCUUUAAUGUAUUAAUCCACUGGCAGUGAUGCAAUAAAAUAAAAAUAUUGUAGUUAAAAUAAAAUAGUCAAGCAUUGCAAAAUUCCUCAGGCUACUUUUGGCAACUAAAUUAAGUCAAAUAAAGUCUCCUAGGAACACAAGGAUAUGUUUUUUUAGAAGCAAAUUGCUAUCUAGAGCACCUAAUGCUUCUCAUAGCUGACUGACUGCAUUCAAAAUUCUACUUCAAAAAAAUGCACAGAAGUAUUAACAGCAAAAUGUACUUUAAAUAACAAAAGUAAAAGUAGGCCAUUCAUGGAGCAGAAUAACCCCUUUCAAAAGGAAAAGGUGAUUUUUUUAAAAUCUUGUGUGCAAAAUAUUUAAAGUUGUGCUCAUGAAUGAUCAUCUUCUGCAACAGGAUUUUAGUUGUGUGACUUUAGGGCCUCAUAUUAUGUACAUGCAUGUCCUUUAUGACAUGGGAUGUGUCUCAGACUCUCAAGUGUGUCUCUGUAAAAGCAUGUUUAAUUCUUCCCCCAUCAAGCUGGCAGAUCUUGUUCUCUAACAGGAAUAUGAACUGUGACCUGGUCAGGACGCUGCUCCACUAACCCGAUAAUACAGUCUGUGAUAAAGAUACCUCAAUUGA